AUGCUAUUCCAUCCGGAGCCACAAGCACCUUCAGAGGACUCCAUGAGCAUCGUCCAGGAGUUCUGGGCUUCGGCGCCGAAGGCGUUACCAUUGAAGCUCGAGAGUCUUCUGGCUGUGUGGCUUUUGAACUGCUUUGAGCAUAGUGAGGAACCGGUGGGCUUCAGCACCUUCUUUUUGCCCGCCUUCAUUUCACAUGAUUGCAGACCCAACUGCAUGUGGCACUACGAGGGCGAUUCCUUCAUUUUGCGGGCCAGGCGGGACAUUUCGGUGGGCGAGGAGAUCACUGUGUCCUACUUGGCCGAGGAGUCCUUGUUGGAAUCCAUCACCAGUCGGCGCUCUCAGCUGGAGGCCACGAAGCACUUUAUUUGCAAUUGCAGCAGCUGCUCUUCAAGUUUGGAUCCAGUCCGCGGCUUCAAAUGCUUAGGCUGCCAGGAAGGGGAGAUUUUCUUUGAAUUUGAUGACCGGAUCAGGCCAUCAACGGAGGGCGCUUGCCGGCAGUGCGGCUUCUUAGCCACUUCGUCGCAAGCCGAAGAGCUAGUGGCGCAAGAGGCUAAAGUGGAAGAGUAUAUUCAGCAGUGGGACAGAAAAGAAGGAAGUGCAGCUGCCUACUUGACAGAGGCUACGACUGAACGGGCUAGGUGGAAUGGACCAUGCACCUCGGUCAUUGACCCUUUGGCGAGAAUGUAUUUACUUCAUGUUUCUUAUUCUUUGUAA